AUGGCGCCAGAGGAGACGGGCACCCCUCCAGUGACAGAUAGGACUCGACCCACGGCCCUCCUGGCUACACCACACCACACCACACCACACCUUAACCACAGCCUGCCCACCUCACCCACUAGCCACACCUUCCCGCCCACGUACACCCUCCCACACAACAUCGACCAUGCUCCAGGCCACACCGUCACCACCACACCCUCACCACCACACCUCAUUGCCCUUAUCACAGUUAUUGCACAUUUACCGCACCAUGGCUACACUCCAAGUCACGCCACCCUUCCACAUCCCUAUACACCCCUAGGGAGGCGCCGCCCAAGCCACACCUUCCAGCCACGCCCACCCGCCUAG